UCGGCUUCUCUUCGCGCUGCAGCCCGACCGAAAUGGAGCCGUCCGCGGGAAGCCGCCGGCAGUGAUCCCCGCUUUCCCACCGACCCACUGGCCGCCCCCUCGGCGUCCGCGCUCGCUCCGAUGGAGCCGGAGGAGACGCCGAUAGCCCCCCCGAAGACCAUGCUGCUUCUGCUGAGGAAAGUUCGCAAGAGGCGGGAGAUGCUGCUGCAGCAGCUGGGCUUCAUCUGCGCCAUCCUCUUCUUCGCCUGGUGCAUGUCCAGCCUGCUCUCCAGAGUGGGCCAAGAAUCAGCUGUUCCAGACAGAAGCAUUGUAUCAGGAAUGUGGAGGAAUAGAAGAUUGAUGGCAUCACCUAAUGGGACACAUAAAGAGAAGAACUGUACAGAGCCAGCCAUUAAUGAGUUUCCUGAAGAUAUAUUUACAAAUAAAGAACGCCAACAAGGAGGAAUUCUGCUUCAUAUCAUUGCUGCUCUUUAUAUGUUUUAUGCUUUGGCCAUAGUGUGUGAUGACUUCUUUGUUCCAUCCUUAGAGAAAAUUUGUGAGAAACUACAUUUGAGUGAAGAUGUUGCUGGAGCCACAUUCAUGGCAGCAGGGAGCUCCACCCCAGAACUGUUUGCAUCUGUUAUAGGUGUAUUUAUCACUCAUGGAGAUGUAGGAGUUGGGACCAUUGUUGGUUCAGCAGUUUUCAACAUCCUCUGUAUUGUUGGUGUCUGUGGACUGUUUGCAGGACAGGUGGUUUCUCUCACCCGGUGGGCUGUGUUCCGGGAUUCUAUAUACUACACAAUAUCGGUGAUCGUUCUUAUUGUUUUCAUAUAUGAUGAGGAAAUAGAAUGGUGGGAGAGCCUUGUACUCAUCAUUAUGUAUUCAUUCUACAUACUUAUUAUGAAGUACAAUGUGAGGAUGCAAAAUUUCUUCACCCUUAAAAGCAAGAAUGUUGGAAAUGGUGACACAGUCAACAAUGAGCUGGAAGAUGGUAAUAAAUGUUAUGCCUCUAGUUGUGAUGACCCAUCCAUUCCAUUACUAUGGAAAGUGAAGGGGAUACAGCAGUAUGGCAAAAACAGUGUUGUGAUGGUGGAUGAGAUCAUCUGCUCCAGUCCUCCCAAAUACCGGUUCCCUGAAGCUGGAUUACGGAUUAUGAUUACAAAUAAAUUUGGACCACGCACCAGAAUGCGGAUGGCAAGCCGACUCAUCAUUAACGAGCGUCAGCGGUUAAUCCAGUCUGCCAAUGGCUCAAGCAAAGCACUUCAGAACAGGAGACAAGAGAAUAUCGAAAAUGGAAACAUCCCUGUGGGGAACCAAGAAGAGGAAAAUGAACAGGACAGUCUAACUCCAUUUUCAGUGCCAGAUGGAAAAAUGAACAAAAUUAAAUGGCUUUUUACAUGGCCAUUGAUAUUCUUGCUGUUUACCACAAUUCCAAACUGCAGCAAACCGCGGUGGGAGAACUGGUUUAUGCUGACAUUCAUCCUGUCCACUCUCUGGAUUGCCUUGUUCUCUUACUUCAUGGUGUGGAUGGUGACUGUGAUUGGAUACACCCUUGGGAUACCAGAUGUGAUCAUGGGAAUUACUUUCCUGGCUGCAGGAACAAGUGUCCCAGACUGCAUGGCCAGCUUAAUAGUAGCAAGACAAGGCCUUGGUGACAUGGCAGUAUCCAAUACAGUAGGGAGCAAUGUCUUUGACAUUCUGGUGGGACUUGGUGUUCCAUGGGGUUUGCAGACCAUGGCGAUUGAUUAUGGAUCAACUGUUAAAAUAAACAGCAAAGGAUUGGUUUACUCAGUUGCACUUUUGCUAGGAUCAGUGGCACUUACUGUGUUUGGAAUCCAUGUAAAUAAGUGGAAACUUGACAAGAAGUUAGGCAUCUACGUGUUGCUUCUUUAUGCUAUUUUCCUGUGUUUAUCUAUAAUGAUAGAGUUCAAUGUCUUCACCUUUGUCAACUUCCCUAUGUGCCGAGAAGAACAGAGGCUAAAAUCGGAUCUUCUUGGUAGUUUGCUUUCAUUUCAGUUCUUGUUUAGUCCUCUGCCUUCUGAUACUACUGAACCUGAAGGUGAUUUUAGACAUCUUCCCCCUCACGCCCUUGAAAUACCGUCUUCAGUACAAAACCUAGGAUGUGGAAGUUCUGCUCAGCGAUGGGAAGGAAUUGCUUUUCUGACCGAGGAACUCUCAAGCCACUGUAAUACAGAAAGUGACUUAAAGUUUUCUGUAAUGAUGAAAACGUCAGCAGGAGAGAAGGGAGCCAGGGAUGACUCAGGCCCCGUCAGAGACACCAGCAAAGAGGAGAAAGAGACACAGCUCUGUCAGGCCAUUGCUGUGCGAAACUGCCUCCAGCUUCCAGGGCUCAGCAUCCUUGACAAACUCAUCAAGACGUGUCCUGUCUGGCUUCAGCUGAACAUGAGCCAGGAAAGAGCUGGGGCGAUCCUUGGCAAAGAAACAGCAGGGAUAUUCUUAGUUAGGAAAGAAGGCAAUGUGAACAACAUGGUCCUUGCAGUCCGCCUGCCAGCGCAGAACGAAGUUCCUGGUGUGCUGGAGUACAACAUUAAAGAAGAAAAAUCAAUCCUGUACCUGGAAGGAUCUGUCCUUGUAUUUGAGGAUGUUUUCAAACUGGUUGCCUUCUACUGUGUCAGCAGGGAUUUGCUGCCCUUUACCCUGAAGCUGCCACAAGCAAUACUAGAAGCCAAUAGCUUUCAAGACCUUGAAAUUAUCUCUAGUCUGGGGAUAGAUUUCUGGGAUUCCUACUUAAACCACAGAAGACAGGACUUAUCCCACCCUGCAAAAGACUCUGCUUUCAGCACUGCCCAGGCAGACAGUUUAAGAUCUACCCAGUGUUUUGCAAGUAACACGAACCACUGCUCAUGUGAAAUUGAGCUGUCAAUAGGAAAUGACAGGCUGUGGUUUGUGAAUCCUAUUUUUAUAGAAGAGUGUAGUAAUCUUUGUCCUCUAGAUGUACCUUCUCCUAAAGGCCACUCUGGGAGCAUUGAUCUCCCCCCUGCCACCAUGCUUACUAGAAGGAGUUCUCCUCGACGGCCUCCUCCCCCUCCACCUUCUCAUGCUCUCAUUCAGAAAUCUUCCCUGAAACUCCCACAGGACUCCAUGACUGCCUGUGAAGAAAACAAGCUAGCUAUUAAGCCACUAGGAAAGAGCAUCGAGGAAAUGAAAAUUGAGGGUGGUGAUGACAAGGAAGAAAGGAAGCAGAGCGGUUUGGCCAGUGAGCCCUUGGCAGUGAGCCCCAAGAAGGGCUCCCAGCCCUCUGUUCCCCCGCGGAGGCGGGUGAGUGAGAGGACCUCAGAGGAGAGCUGUGUGGGUAGUCUUGAAAGUUGUGAAACGCUGAAAGGGGAAGGGACAGAAGACAACCAAGAUACAAGUGCAGAGAGCACAGAUAAAACACUGCUGUGCAAAAAGGCUGCAGAAAUGCCUGGGGAGGUUCCCAAAAGGGCUGUAUCACAGUUCCAGGAGACAAAGCCUGAACCUGCAGAGAAGAAGGUGGACAUGCCUAAGACACAAAGCAAUGAGAAAGGAAAGUCACCUCCUAUCCCACCACCAAGAAGGAAGAGGAUUUCCCAGGUACCAAGGAUCCACAGCUCCUGCCAGCCAAAGCAGAGAACAGUGGGAGAGUCGGCCGUGGCCACAGGGCAGGCUGUGUGCAAGGGCAGCCCAGCUAUGGCAACGGGUGGUGCCACUUGCACGCACACCAAGACUGAACCGAGACAUGGCCAAAAAUCCGUCAGCUCAGCUGAACUGCAAGGUUCACACUUGUCCCUGGAGGACCUGGGAGGUGGCACCAUGGCUCAGGCAUCAACAUCUGAGCCAGAUUCCUACUCCACCAGCAGCACAGAGGAUGACCUGGAGAUACUGAAUAGUUCAUCCGGUAAAAAGACACGCUCUGUGAUCUUGGCCAAGGCCAAAAACAGGCUGUCCAUGGUGAACCUGUCCAACGUUUUUACAGCCUUUUUGUCCAGUAACAGGAAGCUGCAGAAGAAGAUAGUGGAGCUGGCACAGGACAAGGAUUCAUACUUCGGCAACCUGGUGCGGGACUACAGAGUGUAUAGUUUAGAGAUGAUGGCAAAGCAGAGCUCCAGCACAGAGAUGCUACAAGAGAUCCGGCUGAUGAUGACGCAGUUGAAGAGUUACUUAGUGCAGAGCACUGAGUUGAAAUCCCUGAUAGACCCAGCCUCCUACACCGAGGAACAGUUAGAAGUGAUUGCUGAGACAGCUUUGUACAAAUGUGUCCUGAAACCUUUAAAGGAAGCCAUUAAUUCUUCCUUAAAAGAAAUACACAACAAAGAUGGCUCUUUACAGCAGCUGAAAGAGAACCAACUUGUGAUACAAAACACAACUACCACUGACCUGGGCAUCACAAGCAGUGUGCCUGAAACUGCUGUGCUGGAAAAGAUCCUUCACAAAUUCAUGACCAUGCACAAGACCUACUCUCCAGAAAAGAAAAUUGCCAUCUUGCUGAAGACCUGCAAACUCAUCUAUGACUCCAUGGCUCAGGGAAAUCCAGGGAAGCCGUAUGGUGCAGAUGACUUCCUCCCUGUGCUCAUGUAUGUGUUGGCUCGCAGCAACUUGACUGAAGUCCUUCUGAAUGUGGAGUACAUGAUGGAGCUCAUGGACCCUGCUCUGCAGCUAGGAGAAGGCUCCUAUUAUUUAACCACCACCUACGGGGUCCUGGAGCAUAUCAGGAACUAUGACAAAAUCACUGUGACACGGCAGCUGAGCGUGGAGGUUCAGGACUCCAUCCACCGCUGGGAGCGACGGAGAACACUGAACAAGGCCCGGGCUUCCCGCUCAUCAGUGCAGGAUUUCAUCUGUAUCUCCUUUCUGGAAAUCAGUGGUCAAUCAAGGACACUUGCUUCCCGUCGUGACACCACAGCUGAGCAGCUGAGCCAGCAGUGUGCUGAGAAGUUUGAAGUGUCCCAUCCCAAGGACUAUGGACUCUUUGUUUAUGUUGAAGACCAGUGGCUGCAGCUGGACAAAGAUGCCCUUCCUCACCAUAUCAAAGCCUCCCUGCUGAAAAGCGAAACCAAGAAAGAUUUCCAUUUUAUUUAUAAACCAAUAGACCAUAAAAGCCCACCAGUUCCAGUUGUCAAAGAGUCAGACUUUUCCUAAGGGCCAUGCUGCUUUUCUUUUGUCUUUGCUGUCAUCCUGGAAGAGCUGGAUAAUUUACAUUGUGAGAUUCUCUGGUAUCUGCAGACCUCAGGAGUUCUCUGGUGUGUGGCCUUCAAUGUAGGGCAGAUGGGAUAAUUGUAGAUGUUGUCUGAACACACGGCAUUUCUCGGUAGAGGUCAUUUGCAGAAGUAAAAGGAGAAUUCAGGAGAGCAUUCAUCCUCUGGAAAACUUGAAGUAUCAAUCCUCAGAACCUCUCAGCUGCAACCAGCCAACACUGCAGAAUGUAAAUGAACAGUAGAGAAAACCCAGAAUUUUUUCAAAAAAGUGGACAUCUACUUUAUAAUAAAUGAUGGCAAGUGUGAAUCACGUCUGUGCACAAGGCCUUUGAAAGGUCUGCACGCAUCUCAAUCUGUUGGGAGGUAAGACUGUGUUUGUGCCUUAUAGUAUCUGUUCACCCAGUUUGAAUAAACUGGGUAUUUUCUGAUGUACUCAGUGGCGUAGGGUUGCCACCUGUAGCAGAACUCCAUCUCCGUCUCGCUGUUGACAACAUGUCUUUGCCUUUGAAAUCCACAUAAUUACAAACAGUGCAAGAUGACCCUGUACUUUCACUAAGAAUAGGUUUUUUGCCUUCUAUCUAUUUGUCACUCAAAUCAGGUAGCAUAGGCAUUUUCAUCAAUGCAUUUUUCCUAAAGAUUUAAAGUCUUCACCAUCGGUUUUACAUGUACAGCAGUUUUAUUCACAUUGGUUGUUUGACAGUGUCUGGUUAAGUGUAUAUUUAUUUCAAUGUGUGAUAUGGUGCAAUUAUUUUAAAAUAAGCCUUUGGAAAGAGCUUAAUAAUUUGCCCAGUGUAUCGAACAAGGUUAAAAUUUGAACGUCAAAAGGAGUUCGAAUUAAAUACCAAUCCCUUUUUACAUGGCUGUCAUUUCCACAAGUGUUAUCCUAGCUGUAAAUCCCAUCAAGUUAUCACUUUAAUAAAUUCAGGCUGUUGCAGACAGAA